ACGCUGCGCCCUCCUUCCUCCCCGCGGCGCUGUCAGGCUGACGAUCCCGGUCCCACUCCUCCUUUCUUUGCCCCAGACGCUCCCUAAACUCUGCUCCCUCCCGGAAGAGAAAACUGGCUUUUAUCCCAAAGCCUUUCCCAUCCAUCGCUGGGCCAGUGCUACGGGGUGCAGCCCACGUGCGUGCUCCUCGCACUCCGCUUCCAUCACUUCUUCUUGCGAGGCUUCCUGUGCCAGGUGACUGCUUGUUGGGUAGAAGUAGGAGCGAACAGGUUGGAGCCGGGAGUGUGUUCUCGAGCCCUCUGCCGGGUCGGUGUUUAACCAGUGGAUGGAGGGCGUGCAGCUGUGCGCGUGGAGACAUCCGUCCGGAGCCCUUACCGCCAGCCCUGCGCUGAGAGGUUGAAAAGGACAUCCUCAGUGCCUGGCUUUUAGCGCCUGCCAAGAAAAACCAAUGGAAGAAAUCAGGUUUUCUUGGAGCCUUAAAAAUGGAGAUGACAGAAAUGACUGGUGUGUCACUGAAACGGGGAUCCCUUGCUGUGGAAGAUAAUGACAGUCUGACCCCAGCUGAGGAGGCAAAAAGACAGAAGGUCUCAGAAGGCUGGCUGACCAAAGGUCAGGAUGGGAUAGACAAUAACUCUCCACCCAGCUGUGAGAAUGUGCCUGGGCUACCUGAAGUUGUAAGUGCUGGAAAGAGGAAGAAACAUUCGGAUGCCCCGUUGCCAGAAGAGGAAGAGGAGGAGGAAGAUGGCCUUUCAGAGGAGGGUGAGGAGGAAGGGGAAGCUGAGAGCUUUGCAGACAUGAUGAAGCAUGGACUCACUGAACUGGAUGUAGGCAUCACCAAGUUUGUAAGUUCUCAUCAAGGAUUCUCAGGAAUCUUAAAAGAAAGAUACUCUGACUUCGUUGUUCACGAAAUAGGAAAAGAUGGUCGCAUCAGCCAUUUGAAUGACUUGUCCAUCCCAGUGGAUGAGGAGGAUCCUUCAGAAGAUGUAUUUACAGUUUUGACAGCUGAAGAAAAGCAGCGUUUAGAAGAGCUUCAGCUUUUUAAAAAUAAGGAAACCAGUGUUGCCAUUGAGGUUGUUGAGGACACCAAAGAGAAAAGAACUGUCAUCCAUCAAGCAAUUAAGUCUCUGUUUCCAGGAUUAGAGACAAAAACAGAGGAUAGAGAGGGGAAGAAAUAUAUUGUAGCCUACCAUGCAGCUGGGAAGAAGGCUCUGGCAAAGGUCAGAACUGCAGCAGAUCCAAGAAAGCAUUCUUGGCCAAAAUCUAGGGGAAGCUACUGCCACUUUGUACUGUACAAGGAGAACAAAGACACCAUGGAUGCCAUUAAUGUACUGUCCAAAUACUUAAGAGUCAAGCCAAACAUAUUCUCCUACAUGGGAACCAAAGAUAAAAGGGCCAUUACUGUCCAAGAGAUUGCUGUUCUCAAAAUAACUGCGCAAAGACUUGCCCACUUGAACAAGUGCUUGAUGAACUUCAAGCUCGGGAAUUUCAGCUAUCAGAAAAACCCUCUGAAAUUGGGAGAGCUCCAAGGGAAUCACUUCACUGUUGUUCUCAGAAAUAUAACAGGAACUGAUGACCAAGUGGAACAAGCCAUGAACUCUCUCAAGGAGAUUGGUUUUAUUAACUACUACGGAAUGCAAAGAUUUGGAACUACAGCCGUCCCCACAUAUCAAGUUGGAAGAGCUAUACUACAAAAUUCUUGGGCUGAAGUCAUGGAUUUAAUAUUGAAACCCCGUUCUGGAGCCGAAAAGGGGUACCUGGUUAAAUGCAGGGAAGAGUGGGCGAAGACCAAAGACCCAGCUGCUGCCCUCAGAAAGCUACCUGUCAAAAGGUGUGUGGAAGGGCAGCUGCUUCGAGGACUUUCAAAAUAUGGAAUGAAGAAUAUAGUCUCUGCAUUUGGCAUAAUACCUAGAAAUAACCGCUUAAUGUAUAUUCAUAGCUAUCAAAGCUAUGUGUGGAAUAACAUGGUGAGCAAGAGGAUAGAAGAGUACGGACUGACGCCUGUUCCAGGGGACCUAGUUCUCAAAGGAGCCACAGCCACCUACAUCGAGGAAGAAGAUGUUAAUAAUUACUCCAUCCAUGAUGUGGUAAUGCCCUUGCCUGGUUUUGAUGUUAUCUACCCAAAGCAUAAAAUUAGUGACUCCUACAGGGAAAUGCUCACAGCAGAUAAUCUUGAUAUCGACAACAUGAGACACAAAAUUCGAGAUUAUUCCUUAUCAGGGGCCUACCGAAAGAUCAUUAUUCGCCCUCAGAACGUCAGCUGGGAAGUUGUUGCAUAUGAUGACCCUAAAAUUCCACUCUUCAACACAGAUGUGGACAAUCUAGAAGGGAAACCACCACCAGUUUUUGCUUCUGAAGGCAAAUACAGAGCUCUGAAGAUGGAUUUUUCUCUUCCUCCUUCUACCUACGCUACCAUGGCCAUUCGCGAAGUGCUAAAAAUGGAUACCAGCAUCAAGAACCAGACCCAGCUGAAUACCACCUGGCUCCGCUGAGCCCUUUGUCCCCAGAUUAGAAAAUGCAGACAAGUGUUUGCUGGCCUCCUGUUCAUCUUUCUCUUAGUACAGACCUAUAUGGAUUUUGGAUCUUUGUAGUAAAAGAUUGUUUGUAUUUUUUCAAGUUUUUAUUAGCUUAAUUUGCAAUAUUUAUACACCUAUACAAAUCCUGAGGAUCCUAAUUCUAGCUUUAGAGAAUAUAAAUUGGUUACAGUGUAUUUCAGGUGCUUAAGUCAUAGUAAAAUGUCAGCUUUACUGGCUUUAUAACAAUGAAAAAGGACUUUAGUUUAAAGUGGCAGUUUUAGCUUUUGCUACUUUUUUUUUUUUUUUAAUCAUCACCCAAAGAAUAUAUUUUAAUGAUUUUAUAGCGAGAGUGGAAGGAAGACAGAGAGAAAAACAUCAAUGUGAGAGAGAGAGAGAAACAUCAAUUGGGUGCCUUCCCAUGUUCACCUCGACCAGGGAUCAAACCCAAAACCCGGGUAUGUGCCCAGACCGGAAAUCGAAUCCAUGACCUUUUGGUGCACUGGACAACACUCCAAACAACUGAGCCACACCGGCCAGGGCAGGUUUUGCUUCAUUCUUGGACAACAGGAAUUUUUAACAUCUAUGAAAUGAGUUCACAAUAAUGCAUUUUUAAGAGAAAAUGCAACAAAACAAAUCUUGAUGGGUAAAUAAUUAUAGCACCCCCUGACCUAUGAAUAUAAGCAUAGUACUCAUGCUUAUUUAAAUGAAACAUCUGUGGAUUUAUGAACACAAAAGUAAUUGCCAUUAUCUAGCUUAAGUACAGGUUCAGGUCAUUGUUUAUAGAGUUUUUAGUUACAAUGGCUUUUGCAUUUAUAUUAUCACUGUCUUGCAGAAGAGUUGCAUUCAUAGGGCCUUUUUUCUUAAUGUAAACAUGUGUACCUAUUUUUAUUAGUCAAGGACUAAAUUUUACUCUAGGUGCCUUUUAUGUUCAGAACUCUUUCCGCUGGACUAGUAUUUGCCCAAAAAUAAAUGAUAGCAGAAAAGAAAACUUUAAAAAUUCACAAGGGCUCCUCUUAGCAGCAUUAACCUUUGUCACUGACUGCCUAGGUAUUUCCAUUUCUGGCAUUGCAUAAAACUCUUGUCUGGUGUGAAAAGAUAAAUAUGCUUUCUAAGGAUCUGUGACAUGAUUGUACCAGUUUUUAUUUUCUAUAAUUUCUAGAACCAAAUAUAAUAAAUAUUUUUAAAAACUCC